CUAAGUGCUACCUCUGUUGUCACUGGCCAGAGAGAGAAGCAGAGAGAGAGUGGGAGAGAGAGGCAGGGAGGGAGGGAAAGAGCAGAGUUGUGUCCCAUAUGUGGAAAAAAAGCAUAGCAGUGCACACACGAGUCCGGUCAGCUCCAGGGAUUAUCCUAGUGCUCUCAGAUCUGAUGGAGGACAUGCAGGCAUGAAUAGGGUUGUUCUGUUGUCAGUGAGCGCUCAUGCCAGUGAUGGACCCCAGCCGGACCUGCGCUAACCUUAGCUGGCAUUCAUGAAACAGCAUUCCUCCUUACUGAGACCAGCUCCACAGAAUGCUGAGUCCUAUUGUCCCUUAUAGUGAGUAGGACACUCUCUUGUUUUUUCCCCCCCCUCCUCUCUAAACUACACACCACAGAGGCUUGACUUAGUUGGACUUUGCCUGAAUCAAUGAGCUCUCACAGAAAAAAAUAAGUGGGAGUGGACAUGUGCAAACAGAACGAGAGAUGCACCGGUGGCUAAAAGUCGGGCUCAGCGCAGAGACUGGACUUUUCUUUAAUACGCAGAGUGGAAACGCUAAACCUUGAGCACUGAAUGUUUCAUCAGCAGCCGGUAGAAAACAGCUGUGGCACAGAAGAGGAACAGAGGAAGGAUGGAGGGAUGACGGGUUAAGCUGCACAAACCCCUUAGCUAGGCCUGUUAAAGAUGCACUGGAACCCAGAGCAUGCCCAGCCCCUCAGCCAGUGGCCCGAGCAGCACCUGGACGUCUCCUCCACCACCUCCUCUCCAGCCCACAAGGGGGAUCUCUACUCCGGCCGCGGACGCAGCUCCUACAACUACGCCUGGGCCAACGACGACAUCUCCGCCCUCACAGCCUCAAACCUCCUGAAGCGCUACGCUGAAAAGUACGCGGGUGUGUUGGACUCACCGUACGACCGGCCUCCUACGGUGGGAACGUACCCAGAGCCGGGGGCAUUUGGGGGCCUUAACGGCCAGAAGACAGAGCUGGAGCCUUGGCCGCUCACACACAACGUUGAUGGCUCUUAUCCUUUGGUUCCUCCUGGAGGCCAUGAGAGUCUUUCGAGCUCCAAGACUGUUGCCACAUCUGCGGGCCUCCCUGGGGUGAGCAGCGUGUCAGUAGUCAACAGUAAUCUGUCAGACUCGGCCUACAGUGGCAGCAGCUCCUGCAGCGGUUCAGGCGAGUAUCCCUCCAGCUACAACGGCACCUAUCUCUCCUCAGGGUUCUGUCCUCAGCCCAGUGCAGCACUUCCCCCCACCUCCCUUCACACUCUGCAACCCACACCCACUCUGGUGCCCAGCUACAGCCCCAACACACCAGUUUAUAACUACCCACCCAGCACAUACCCACCCCAGACUAGCCUUGCUCCCAGCUACAGUCAUCCCUCCACAACGUACCUCCCCUCAGGUCUACCAGCUCCUACCCCUAUCCCCUCCAGGCCCACAGUGGUUGGAGGCUCAUACAGCUACCAGAGCGCCAACCUCGGAGCAUCCGAGUCUGGAGGGACAUUAAAGAGGAAGGCCUUUGAAAUGGGCGUAGAGGAGGAUGACAGUGGGGAUCGAUCACGGUACAGGAAGUACAGCUAUGAUGCCCUGAAGGCUGGAGGAACCUCUCCCUAUGGAGUGAGUGAGAAAACAGAGUGCAGGGGAAAUGGAUUCAGCAGCUCAGGCAGCUCAGACCCUCAAACCUUCAAGUCCAGCAAGCCCUCCUCUCAGCCCCUGGUGUCUCCUCAGUAUGGGGCCGGAGGGGAGUACAGUCCUCCUGCAGGCAUGACGGGGGAGAACGGGGUGACGGAGCAGGGCUUCACCCAGCAACAGCACCGCCCCCAGUCACUCAAACGCCCUGCGUUGUGUUCUGCACCUAUUGAAGCUAUGAAGAGCCCAGACCCCCGACUGCUGGAGCUCAUCAACGGAGAGUUGUUAGACUGCAGCCCUGCACUGCUCUGGACCGAACUGUUUGGGCUCACUCACGUCAAGGCUGCCCUGGAAGAGGACCUGCUGUGGCCCGUGUUACGGCCCAGCCCAUUGGUGCGCCCGCCAAGAACCGUCCUGCUGUUUGGUCCCAGAGGAGGGGGGAAGACGACGCUGAUUCGUUCGUUGGCCUCGCAGAUGGGGGCUUCCUUCUACCGUGUGAGCGGACCUAUGUUGGCAUCUAAAGGGAAGCUCGAAGCAGAACACAUUCUGGGUUCUCUGCUGCAGGUGGCAGGGGCUCGGCAACCCGCCGUGAUUCUGCUCAGUCAGGUGGAAGCAAUGGAGGAGGAGGAGGGGCUGAGGCAGAUACUGCUGACAACUCUGGAGAAAAUCCAGGUGGGGCCCACAGGUUUGGUUAUUCUUGUGUGUGCCACUGGUAGGCCAGAUCUCCUGCAGGACCCGGUCCACCGGAGCUUCGCCAAGAAGUAUUAUGUGAGCCUCCCUGACAUGGGGAUCCGUCAGCAUGUCCUGCUGCAGGCGCUGACGCCUCAGGGUUGCACCCUGAGUGAGAGGGAGAUGACCGCUGUGCUGCAGCGCACCGAGGGCUUCUCCGUGUGGGAGCUGCUGCAGCUGAGCCAGCAGGUGCUCUCCUCAGCAUCUUCCCCGGCCGGAGCCAUGCACGGCCUCACCACGUCCCCCAAAACUCCGGACUUUACAGAUUUUGAGAAUGCCUUUUGCAAGGUGCGCCCACACACCACCACAAAGGACCUGGACACUUGUAUAGAGUGGAGCAAGAUGUACAGCCACUGAGAAAGCAGCUAGUCACCGUACUCGGACUGCACUACGACCCUGUUUUUGCUUCGGCAUUUUAAAGCCUUGGGGAUAUUUUGUUGUUGUUUCCUAAUUACUGAUUAUGCAGCCAAAAGAGCCAGAGAAUCUCGACGGUAAGGGCAGCGCUGAUAAAGUUAUUUCACUGGCAGGAACCUGACACGGUAUACUGUUUGUUUUGCCCAGAACACUGAUAAUAUUUGAUGUUUUCCCAAAGAAAAAGUGAGGUGAACGGGUUUUAGUCAUUUGGCCAACAGGGGAAAUCGGAGGGGUGUCUCGAUUAGCCUGGGUCCAGGACAAAAUCAGUUAUUUGUUGCUAGGCGAUGUGGUCCAACAUUAUGGAUAAUCAGGGUUUGGAAAAUCCGCCCUUUGGCUGCUACUCUCAGGAUCCUAUUUAUUACCAAUCCACUUCCAUGUUAUCCUACAGUCAAUGUAGUCAUAGGAUUGUCGCUCAAAGGGCUUGGGAUCAGCAACACUUCAGCAACUUUUUUUUUUUACCAAAAACGUGACAAACCAAAUACAUAAUAAUAAUAAUAAUAAUAAUAAUAAUAAUAAUAAUAAUAAUAAUAAUAAUAAUAAUAAUAAUAAUAAUAAUAAUUAAAAAAAAGCACUGAUAAUUUCUCAAAACUGACUAGUAGUAACAAAGUAAAAAUUGCAGCAUGUUGAUAUUCACAAUAGCUUUUUUACCAAACUAUGACACAAAAACCUUCUCGGAGAAAACAAGUGAAGCUGGGCCUCCUUUGUCCUGGAAUACAGCUGUUGAAGUGGAGUGUUUUUAUGUUUCGUUGCAGAACCACUUCUCGUGCUUCACCCAUCUAAUCACCAACUGCGCUGUGCUUAUAGUAAAUAUAGUACGAUGAACCCAAAACCUGCUUCACGAUUCACAUUCCUCAUCAGGUUCAGUUUCCCACCUGCAGAACAACACCUGCGCAUUCAGCUUGUCCCACAUCGUGUUGGUUUUCCUGCCUCCGUUCCUCCUGUGUUUUUUUUGGGGGGGUUUUUUCCUUGUAUUAUGUGAUAUUGUUUGAAAUGCUCAGGAAGAAUUUCUUUACCUCAGAAAUAUGAAAUAAAGAAUGUAUGUAAUCUUAGGGUCUUAGAUGAGAGUGAGAUAGAAGAGCGAGGAGGACCGUGACAGUCUCGUGAAAAACCCACUGCGGCUGGGCUUGUACCUCAGCAGAGAAACUUGAAUAUUCUACAAAGAGUAACAUUGAAUGUAAUUCAGGUAUUUCAAAGGAUAUUUGAUGCCAUAAAUCCAUGUAUUAUUAUAUAUGAAUAUAUAAAUACUUUUUUUUUCGUUUGUUUCAGUUCUUUUACCAUUUAUUUUUUAAUGUAGUUUAUGGUGAAGUGAUGAUUGUCUUUGAGAAAUGUAGAAAACAGAAAAUAUUUCUUCUUUUGUUGGACAAACUGCUGGGAAAUGCACCGUUUGGUGUUUUCCUCACACAUCUACACACACAGACGUCAUUUAUCAGCAAACCUUGGCAAACGUGUAAAACCCCUUAAAAUAAUUUAUUCUACUAGCUUUAAGUCGCAGAAAUACAUUUCGAAACAUCCAAUCUAAAAACCUCCCAAAUUUGUCAACUUUUUUAAGUUGAUUGGAGUUUUUAUGAAGUUUGAGAUAAAACUCUUUUAACCUGGAAUUGUCCUAUAUAAAACCUCUAUGUUCAUGAGGUAACAAUCCCAUCAGUUGUUUGAUUUUCAUUAAAUUUCCUGUCAAUAUGGGCUCCUUGUGUAAAUAUUAGCUUACUUAAAAAAGGGACUCAUUUUUAAUGUUUUCAUUUUUUAUUAUUGGGCUCUUGGGUGGAUGAGGACUCAUACGCAUUUUGCCACCAUAACAACAGCUAGAUGCUUCCCUCACACCAAAUGGCUCCUUAGGAGGUCAGUAAACAUGUGGACUUGUAUUAACCCUUUAACUGGAGCUGUUUCUUUGGUCAGAUGAGACAAAGAUUGUGCUGGAAAGAAAUAAACACUCUCGGUGGGUCCGGUGCAAAAAAUAUUAAGAGGCCUUAAAGUAUGACGGAGGAUCAGUGAUGCUGUGGGUCUCUUGUUUGAGUGCAUGGAAUCACCAGGAGCCUAUAGUAAAAUAUUGAUUUAUUUUAAGGCUUUUUGCACAUUUUUACCAGGCGUGCCAAGGAAUCUGACCGCAACUGUAAGUUUGUUCUGUGUUGUGGUUCUAAAUUGUAUUUCUAAAUUCAAUAAAUAAAUAAACACAGAACCAACCCCAAUGCACUGACAGUCAUCAUCUGAACCCAAAACUUGAUUAAAAUUACUUAAAAUAUCAACCCCAACUAGUAGUUCAGACCAAGGUGUUGCAUGUGGCUUUCGGUACAUCUCAAAGAUUAUUUACAAUUAUUCUGUGCAUAAGCCGGCAUGUAGACAAUCCAGCAAUAUAUCUCCUUUUAGACGCCGGGAAAAAACCCAGUCAACGUUCUGCAGGCAAAGCGGCUUGUAAGUUUCAGGAUGAUGUAAUAUUUCCCUAUCCUUCAUCCCUCCCUCUGUCGCUCCAUCCCCAUCAUUCUUUUUUUUUUUUUCUUUUCCCAAAUACAAUCUCAUUAAAGUGGAUUGCCCCCGGCCACAGGCCCCAGUGACCAUGUGGCGUUGAAUCUCCUCCCCAUCGUCCCUCCUCCUCCCUUUCUACUUCCCGUAUUCUGAUUUCUCCGGAGUGGAAGUGGACUGAUUGAUGCCCGGCAAUCCUAUAUCUCAGAGCAGCCUUCCCUCACCAGCUGGUGGCUUCGGCCAGAUCAAUCAGAGUGACCCCCACUGUUUUGGAAAUUAAAAAAAAAAAAAAAAAAAAACACUUUUCCACAAUUGCUCACAUUAAAUUACAGAAAUGAAAUCACUUCCUUCUCUCUGUCGACAGUUUGUCCACCAAAACAAGCUUUUAUUUUGUCCACUUCUAAUCUGCCCACCGCAGUAACUUUUUCUCUUGGUUAUUGUACAUUUUCUGUGACCAUUUCUACCUCAUUUUUGCAGCAUAUUGUACAUGAAAAUAUUUAUUUCAUGUCGUUUUAUUUGAUGUCUGUUUUAAAAAUGAUAAUGAUGUUUCUUGAACUGUAAUAGUCUACCUCAGAAAAGACUGUAUUUUAAGAGAAGAGUAUCACACAAUAUUAAACAGAAUUUGUCAAUAUUGCAA